AUGUUUGACGUAUUUAAUGAUGAAAUUUGUAAUUUUUUUCCUUUUGAUCCAUACAAAAUACAAUUAAACUUUAUGAGAAUUUUUUAUGAAAUUUUAAAAAAUUCGAAUAUUAAAAUAAAUGAAAAUGUGAAAUUAGUAUAUGAUAUUAUUAAACAAAGUGAAAAAUUACAAAUUAUGUUAAAGGAUGAAAAAAAUAUAAAUGUAAAUAUGUAUGAUGAUAAUAAUACAAUAACAAAAAAUGAAUAUACUAAUGAAAAUUUAGAAGAAGAUAAUAAUAGUUAUGAGCAUAUUAUUUGUGAAAUGAAAACAGGAUCAGGAAAAUCACUAACAUUGUUGACUUCUAUUAUAUAUUGGUUUUUCAAGCAUAAAUUUGAUUUAUUUCUUCUAAAAGAAAGAGUAGAAAUAAAAAAAAAUGAACCAGAAUGGAUAAAAGAAAGUGUAAUAGAAAAGAUAAUAGAAAAGUAUAAAUAUAUUUUAGAAAAUGAAAAUAAAAAAAAAGAAAUAGACAAAAGUAUUCUAAAUAAAUAUUUUUCCUUUACUGAUGAUAAGAUAAAUUUACAUGAAAAUAUAGUUAUAGAAAAGAAAAAAGUUCAGUUAGAAAAAAGUGAAUUCAGUGAAAACUUUCUAUUAGAAGACAAAAAUGAAGAUAUCUUGAGUGAUUGCUAUAUUGAAGAAAUGAAUAAAAAACAGAUUUUUAUCUGCAGUAGAACACAAUCACAAUUAAAUCAAUAUUUUCAUGAAUUAAAAAAAAUUGAAAAGAAAAUAAAAAAUGAAAUUUUUGUAAAUAUGAUUAUAAUUGGCAGUAGAAAACAUUUAUGUAUAAAUGAAAAUUUCUUAAGAAGAUAUAAAAGUGUAAACGAAUUAAAUGAUUGUUGUAAAAGUAGUUAUUGUAAAUAUAAAGAAAUUUUUAAUGAGAAAAUGAUACAAAUAAAUAAAAAAAAAAAAAAAAAAAAAAAAAUUUUCUAUAAUUCUUCAUCAAGCAGUGAUAAUACAGAAUGUGAAGACAACAAUAAAAUAAAUAAUUAUAAUUUAGUGACAAAAUUAAUAAAUACAAAAAAUGUAAAUAUGAAUGAAAUAAAAGAUAUAUGUAGAAAUGAAAAAAUAGAAAUAUGCCCUUAUUAUUUAUGUAAAGAAAAUAUAAAAAACGCCGAUAUCGUUUUAUUACCAUAUAUUUGUAUAUUAAAUGAAAACAUUAGAAAUAAUUUAAAAAUAAAUAUAAAAAAUAACAUUGUUAUUUUUGAUGAAUCUCAGAAUAUUAUAGAAAAUAUAAAUAAUUGUAAUUCUACAUAUAUUGAAAAUCAUCAGAUUCUUUUUUGUAAAUUAAUUUUAAAGGAAUAUAUUCAAAAAUAUAAGAAUGUGUUAACUAAUAAUAAUAUUAUUAUGAUUAAACAAAUUAUCAUUUAUUGCGAUUUACUUUUAGAUUCAUUCAAAUUAGUUGAUGAAAAUGUAAUGAAUAUAAAUAAAUUUACUGUUUUAUCUAAAUUGGAUGCAUUAAACUUAAAUAACAUUUUAAAUUUUUUAAACAACUCUCUAUUUUGUAGAAAAAUUAAAAUUUUCGCAGAAACAUAUAUGAACAGAAAUUACAAAAAUUAUGCAAAUGAUAGCAUUAUUAAAACAUCUUCCAUUUAUUUAUUAAGUGAAUUUACAAAUAAAUUAAUUAAAUCAAACAAAUAUGACUAUAUAUAUUUAAAUAAUAAUGAUGAUAAUAUUGAAUACAAUGAUAUGAUAAGCAGAAAUGAACAUUUAAAAAAAAAUACAACAUCAGAAAAUAAGGAUAUUAAAAUACAUGAAGUGGAAGUAGUAGAUAAUAAAAAAAGAAGUAAAUUAAAUGAAAUGUAUGAAACGGAUGCAAAAAAAAAAAAAAAGAAUGAAAGAAAUAAUGAUAAUAAUGAAAAAGAAGAAAUACUUUUAAAAGAUGAACAGCUUGACAAUUUUAAAAAAUUUUUUGAAGAGUUAUUUGUAAUUAAGAAAAAAGAUUUAUUUAGAAAAAUAGAAAUAAUAAGUGUUAGUUCGUGUAAUAAUUUUCAACUUAUAACUAAAAACUGUAGUAAUGUAAUUCUAAUUGGAGGAACAUUAUAUCCAAUAGAAGAGUUUUUGUUAUUAUUUCUAAAUGAAAAAAAAAAUAAAAUAAAAAUAUAUUCUUCUGAUUAUAUUUUUAAUGAAGAAAAUAUUUUUUCAAGAAUAAUAAGUACCAAUUUAAUUACGUAUGAAUGUAUUGAUAAUACAUAUAAAAACCGAUUUGAUAAAAAACAUUUAUUAAAUUUAUCAAUACAAAUAUAUAUAUUAACCUUAUAUGUAAAUUAUGGCAAUAUUAUUUUUUUUCCUUCUUAUAAUUUUUUAAAUAUCUUUAUGUGUUUUUUAAAUAAAGAAGGAAAUUAUGUAUUAAAUGAAAUGAAGAAAAAAAAAUAUGUUUUCUUUGAAAAAAAAAAUAAUAAUGAUAUUUUAAAAGAUUAUAUAGAUCAUAUUGUAAUGAUAAAAAAACAAGAUGAAAAAAUGAGAAUUAAAAAUGGAUGUAUUUUGUUUUGUGUUAUGAAUGCAAAAUUGAGUGAAGGAAUAAAUUUUUAUAAUGAAUUUUGUAGAAACAUUUUAAUUGUAGGUAUCCCUUUUUUUAAAUAUGAAAAACCAAAUGAAUCUAAUAAAUUCAUGUUAGAUAAAAAUUCCCUUAUUUUAAAUUACUAUAAAACGUAUUCUACAGAAGUAAUUAAUGAUGAAAAGAGUUCUGUCAAAAAUCCACAUAGGAAAUCCAUAUUAAUGUAUGAAGAUAUAAAUAAAAUGUGUAAUACUUAUCAAUUAAAAUAUGCUAUGAAAAUAAUCAACCAAUGUAUAGGAAGAAGUUUACGACAUAUUAACGAUUUUUCUUCUUUUUUUUUUCUUGAUUUUCGAUUUACAAAAAAGGAAAUAUUUGAUAACUUUCCUUCAUUUAUUAAAAAACAUUUGAGUAAUAUCACAAAUUUUUCAGCUGUUGAAAAAAAAAAUAAAUUUUUAGAAGUGAAAGAAAAGUUUUAUAAAAUAUUUAUAGACUUUAAAAAUUAUUAUAACAAAAAUUUUUCUAAUUUACAAUUUUCAGAACUUAAUGAAGUGCAAUUAAAAAACUUUAUAUGUGAUUUAUAUUGUCUUAAGGAUUUUCAUGAAAAAAUGAAAAAUAUAUGA